GGCAUGACGGUGAAGAGAAACUGGGUCACCGAUUGAAAAUCGUUUAUGUCACAGUUCUGUGUGUUGCUAUUACAUAUUACCAGCGACUUUCAAUGGAUAGACGGAUGUCAUUGGAUAUUUUAGGUAGACGAGUUACGUCAGCUGCUUAAGGAUCAGGUCGAAACGGGGCAGAUCACAUCAAAAGUGAAUGAAACUAGGUCAGGCUGAAUCAAACCAGACUGAGACCAGAUCAGAACGGAGCAGACCAGGCCGAUCCAGACUAUACCAGGCCCAUCCAGGAGGCCUGUUCCAGUUUCCUAUCCAGUUGAGGGCUCCAGAGUGGAUGGAAGGAGAUGAUUUUAACACAGAAGCUGUGAUGAACAUCUGUGAUGACCUCAUGGCAGACCAACGGAUGGACAUCUCAUCUACGAUGACUGACUUCAUGUCCCCCGGCUCCACUGACCUCAUCUCCAGCUCCAUUAGCACACCUGGCAUGGACUACACCCGCAAGAGGAAGGGCAGCACCACCGACUAUCAAAUUGAUGGCUUCUCAUUUGAUGACAUGGACCCUGACAAGGAUAAACUGGGCGGUGACCAACAAGGCAGGAUUAAGAAUGCCAGAGAGGCUCACAGCCAGAUCGAGAAGCGUCGCAGGGAUAAGAUGAACAGCUUCAUCGACGAGCUGGCGUCACUAGUGCCCACCUGUAAUGCCAUGUCCCGCAAGCUGGAUAAGCUGACAGUCCUGCGCAUGGCAGUCCAGCACAUGAAGACGCUUAGAGGUGCAGCCAACCCGUACACAGAAGCAAACUACAAGCCUUCCUUCCUCUCAGAUGAUGAACUGAAGCAUUUGAUAUUAAGAGCUGCUGAUGGUUUCCUGUUUGUGGUGGGGUGUGAUCGUGGCAAGAUCCUCUUUGUUUCUGAAUCCGUCUACAAGAUUCUCAACUACACCCAGAAUGACCUGAUAGGUCAGAGCCUAUUCGACUACCUUCACCCCAAGGACAUCGCCAAAGUCAAAGAGCAGCUGUCCUCCUCAGACACAGCUCCAAGAGAGAGGCUCAUUGACGCAAAAACUGGUCUUCCUGUGAAGACGGAUAUCACCCCCGGUCCAUCUCGACUCUGUUCUGGAGCCCGGCGGUCAUUUUUCUGCAGGAUGAAAUGCAACAGACCUUCUGUUAAAGUAGAGGAUAAAGACUUCCCCUCCACCUGCUCUAAGAAAAAAGCUGACCGGAAGAGUUUCUGCACCAUCCACAGCACGGGCUAUCUGAAGAGCUGGCCACCCACCAAGAUGGGACUCGACGAGGACAACGAGCCAGACAACGAGGGCUGCAACCUGAGCUGCCUGGUAGCCAUCGGUCGCCUUCACCCACACAUCGUCCCCCAGCCCAGUCCGGCAGACAUCAGGGUGAAGCCCACCGAGUACGUCUCCCGGCACGCCAUCGACGGAAAGUUCGUCUUUGUCGACCAGAGAGCCACGGCUAUCCUAGCAUACCUUCCCCAAGAGCUGCUUGGAACCUCCUUUUAUGAGUAUUUCCACCAGGAUGAUAUCGGCCACUUGGCAGAGUGUCACAGACAAGUGCUGCAGAUGAGAGAGAAGAUCAACACCAACUGUUACAAAUUCAAAAUCAAAGACGGUUCCUUCAUCACGUUGAGGAGCAGAUGGUUCAGCUUUAUGAACCCCUGGACCAAGGAGGUGGAGUACAUCGUCUCUACCAACACUGUUGUGUCGUGUCCAAUGCUGGAAGGAUCAGAUUACCCUCAAUCUGCUGCCUCUCCACAAAGUAUGGACAGUGUUCUGACCUCAGAAGGCGGGGGUAGACGGGCGCUGCAGACCGUGCCUGGCAUCCCUGGUGGUACAAGAGCAGGAGCUGGGAAGAUUGGACGCAUGAUAGCAGAGGAAGUGAUGGAGAUUCAGAGGAUUCGAGGGUCAUCCCCCUCCAGCUGUGGCUCCAGCCCUCUGAAUAUUACCAGCACCCCUCCACCUGACACCUGCUCCCCAGGGGGCAAGAAGAUUCAGAACGGUGGGACACCGGACCUGCCGAGUACAGGGAUUAUUCCUGGACCUGAUUCUGUAGGCUACCCGUACUCCAACCAGUCCAUCAUGAGUGACAACUCGCACCUGAGCAUAGAUAUCAUGGAUGAGCCCGGCUCCAGCAGCCCCAGCAACGACGAGGCGGCCAUGGCGGUCAUCAUGUCCCUACUAGAGGCGGACGCCGGUUUGGGCGGCCCCGUUGACUUCAGCGACCUGCCCUGGCCUUUGUGAGGAAGCUGGAAGGGAAGAACCAGAGCCACUGAUGGAGAGAGCUCAGUCAGGCGGAGUUCUGGCUGCCAUGUUUCCUGCCCUCUGUACACAACUACACUGCAAACAUGCCUGUCUCCACAAGCGAGUAUUUGAAGUGAAAAGCCUGUAGAUACUAAAGAUUUUUACUUACACAAAAGAAGAGAUUAUUUCUCUUAGAUGUUGUAUCCACUUUGGACUGGAUGGCUGCUUAGAUUUCACUCCAACUUUUUUGAUUCAUCAUUCCUUGUAGGUGGACCUGAAUUUCACUGAGUUGAGCAGGAUUUUCAAAUAGCUCCUGCCCCAAAUGAUGCGUCAUUUGUACAACGUUGGCUUCCUAACAUUGCCACGGUGAGAGAACAUUGCUCUUAACAACCAACGGAAACGUGCAUUGUGGAAUUGUGGUGCUAACAUGUUGAAGUUCCUUCACCAACUGCUCUCUGUCCAAGUCAGUGGUUCUGGACCCUGUCGUUGCCAGGUCAACAGCCAAUCCUGCCCCCCACCAAAACCAACACAGGACUCAUGAAACGUUCAUGGACAGUGGUUGAAGUUUUACGUGGGGUGGAAAGGCUUUGGGUGGGGGAGCACUUGAUUUCUGCCUCCUGCUGCAGCCGUCUCAACAUCCUCUUAGCAGUAACCGUAUGUUCACGUCCCCAUAUCUGUGUGCAAACACCCCCUCCCCGCUUUGAGAAUGGAGAUUUGCUCAUAAGAUACUUAAAGGUUCUUCAGUCAUAAAAAAAAAACACCACCAGGUGUAUUUCAGUUACUUAAACUCAAUCAAAUAAUGAUCUAAUUUUGAUAAAAGCCACCUAGCUGCUGUUUCCUCUAACAUUAGCUUCUUUUUCUCUAAGCGGCAGCUCGUCGUCAUCCUUCGUCUGAGCAGAUUCUGCCGUUUUCCAGAGUCGUCCGAGUCAGCCUGCAGCUCUUCCGUAGGAAGCGAAAUAGAACUAGAGGUCUUCACAAGUCCAAAGUAACUGUUGUAGCAGCUAAUUUUAUUUCCAUAAUUUAUAGAUGCAUUUAUGAAAAAAAACACAAUGGAGGAAAAGAUAAUUAGACUUGAUUCAAAAUGCAAUCAAUCUGAUCAGUUCCUAAUGAUGUUGGAGCAUCAGCAGCAGUGGUGGGAGCUUAAUGUGCCACCAGAUAAAAGUCAGAAGUAUUUCAUGAGCCUUGACUCCUCAUUUAUGAGGAAUCACAAUCAAUGUAGUAACAUGACUUCCUGCCCUACAAAAGUA